CGCAUGGCGCGCGACUUAUAGUGGCCACAGUGUCUGGGAGGCGAGGGGAUCCGAAGGUAUGAGCGGGAAACGGCGCGCGGAUCAGGGACCUGUCUCAGAGGGAAAGAAGAAGGGGAAGCGCGAGUUGACAGGAGAGUUCUCGGCUACUCUACGUGAGGAGACGGUGAAAAAGCAGGUGGCUGAGGCCUGGAGCCGGAGGACGAGGUUCAGUCAUGAAGCCAUAGUUAUGGACCCAGAUCCUUUCCAACAUUGUGUGAUCCCAAACUUCAUCCAGUGCCAGACUUUCUUGGAAGGACUUCAGAAGGAACUUUUGGAUUUGGAUUUCCAUGAGAAAUGCAAUGACUUGUACAAAUUCAAACAGUCGGAUGAUCUGAAGAAUAGAGACGAACUUCAUAUCUCUGCUUUAAGGAGAGUUCUGUUUGAAGAUUUCCGGAGAUGGCUUUCUGACAUCAUUUUGAUUGACUUGGAAUCAACUAUUGAUAUCUCCUGUGCUAAGUAUGAGUAUACAGAUAUCCUGUUAUGCCAUGAUGAUGAGCUGGAGGGAAGGAGAAUUGCUUUCAUUUUAUAUCUUGUUCCUCCUUGGGACAAGAGCCUUGGCGGUACCUUGGACUUAUACAGUACAGAUGAACAUUUCCAGCCAAAACAGAUUGUUAAGUCUCUUAUCCCAUCUUGGAACACCUUGGUUUUCUUUGAAGUGUCUCCAGUGUCCUACCAUCAGGUUUCUGAAGUUCUGUCUGAAGGAAAAUGUCGGCUGUCUAUAAGUGGCUGGUUUCAUGGCCCUUCUCAGACAAGGUCCUCAAGCUAUUUUGAGCCCCUCUUACCUCGUAGCCCUCACGUUUUACGAGAUAAUGAAAUUUUGUACGAAUGGAUUAAUCCAAUCUACAUGGACAUUGAUUCCCAGGCUCAAAUUCAAGAGGAAUUUGAAGAGCGGUCUGAAAUUCUGUUGAAGGAAUUUUUCAAGUCUGAAAAAUAUGAAAAAAUAUGUGAGGCUUUGGAGAAAGAAGAUCUAGAAUGGAGCAAACGAGGUCCCCCCAACAAAAGGUUUUAUGAAACAGCUGAGGAAGAGAAGCUUCCAGAUAUCUUAAGGGACUGCAUGGAGUUAUUUCGCUCUGAGGCCCUGUUCUUGCUGCUGUCCAACUUCACAGGCCUGAAGCUUCAUUUCCUAGUCUCUUCAGAUGAGGACAAUGAGGACCAAACAGGCAAUGAUGAAGAAGAAAGUGAAGAAAUUAGCCAUAUUUCUUCUAAACGAGAAAACUACCAGGAGGCCAGUGGCCAUACAAGCCAACAAAGCAAGAUAGAAACAGCCCUAGAACCAGAGGAAGAAGAGGCAAAGAAUAAAUCAACUGUCCCCACGUGCACUGGAGAGCUGAGGUAUUGGAAGAAUGGUCACUAUACUCUAGUGCAUGACACCAAAAAUACUGAAUUUGCUUUGGACCUGCUUUUCUAUUGUGGCUGUAAAGGAUGGAAAACAGAAUAUGGUGGCUUUACUUCCUACAUUGCCAAAGGUGAAGAUGAAGAGCUCCUAACAGUGACUCCAGAAGAGAAUUCACUGGCAUUGGUUUACAGAGAUCGAGAAACUCUAAAAUUCGUCAAGCACAUCAACCACCAAAGCUUAGAGAGAAAGAAAACUGGCCAGAACAGAACGGGUUUCUGGGACUUUUCCUUUGUCUACUAUGAAUGACUGGCCUGUGCUAAAGUGUUUCCCUCGGUGAUUCUUGGCCUCAAUAGAACUGCUGAAACUGGAUGCGGCUGGUACUCAAUUUUGUUGUCCUUUCUGGACCCCAUUGGUGUGCAUUACUACAAACUCUGGUACCCUGUUUUUGCCACAAACCUAUCAACAAGCACUUGAGCAAACAUUUAUCAAAUACCUAAUAUACAAUGUCCUGCACUGAACCAGCUUCAGAGACUAGCUCUAGUCCUCAGGGAGCUCAUGUAGGUGAAUAAAAGAAGGACUGAGGGAUGGAGUGCUUUUCUGCUUUGAGUUGGGUUUCUGGCACGAUUUAAAUCCUUUUGUGCUACAGGUAUGGACUGGUCAACAUUGGGUUAAAGCAGAGGGUGGUCCUGGCUUAAGGACAUCAUUAUCAUCAUUAUUACUAUGAUGAAGAGAUCCUGAAAUGUUUUCAUUCUACAAUUCUCAUCUUCUCUCCAAUCUGGAGUUUAAAAAAGAUACCCUACUCUGGGAAUGAUUAACACCACAUAUUUUAUCACGAUCCCCAGCUGGCCUCAUUUUAGAGAGAUUAUGGAUAUACCCAGCACACUCAUUUUUAGAAUUUAUCUACAGGUUUCUGUUUUUAGUGGCUUUUAUAUAACUGGUAUUGUUAUGAAUGAGGUUCACUACACUGAAUAAAGAUUGUGUUUGGC